AAAAAUAUACGUCAAAAAGUUGAAUUAUGUUUUGAUUGUUUCACAUUUAGAAUAUAAUUGUUUUUUAUCUUGUUUCGUAUCAACACGCAGUGUUUCUAAAUAAAGCGAAGAAAUUGAUAAAGAAAACUGUGUCGAUCAACAUUUAGUUUCUUAAUUCAGUGGUCAGAGUGAAAAAAAAAGUCUAUCACUGUGUCGCGAUUUGUGCAACAUUUUUAUUUUGAUUUUUUGAAUUGAAUGAAAUACAACGAUACGGCCGACUUGAACCGAUUCUCUUCCAGAUACAAGAUCUUGAAUUUUGUUUUGCAGCUCGAUUGCAUUGCCGUCAUUUAUUUAAUCUAUACAGUGUUCAGCGCUGAACACUCUGUAAAAUGUCAAUUUGCAGGUUCUGAAAGAAGCCGAUUAUUACGAAAGUAGCACAUUUUUUUCGGGAUUUUUUGGUGUGGAGUGAGAAGUUUUGUUUCGUAUAACAAACGGAGAGUACUUAAUCUUCACAUCAGCCAGUGGCAACCGGGGUCGGUUCAAAUAUAAUGACGGACACCAACAAUGGUUUACCGCCCGAUGUGAAUCCUGAAAAUAAUCCACGACCUGACACACCGCUUAUCAAUAAUAACAACAUUUUUAAUAAUAACAAUAACAAUAAUAAUAAUAAUAACAACAACAACAAUAAUAAUCGAUCCCGUAACAAUCAAAAUUCAUUGAUCAGUGUGCGGGAUAGACUCUUCCAUGCUCUCUUCUUUAAAAUUGCUUUAGCCUAUUCACAAACGGUUCCGAGGCCUGUGCGACGGAUUAUCGAGUUUUUCUUUUUAGUAAAGGCGUUAAUUGCCUUUUUCAUAUUAGUCUAUAUUCAUAUAACAUUUUCACAAACUCCGGCCACAUGUUUAGAACAUAUGAAAGCGAAAUGGCCACGUGAUGGUAUCCUUAGAGUUGAAAUUAUUCGAUUGUCGGAUAAAUCAUUUAAAGAAACAAUCAAAGAUGCUGAAUUAUCAACGUAUCGAUCAACAACAAAAGAAGGUUAUCUGAGUUUGGAUCCAUCAAAACCAUUGCCACAUGAAGUGGAAGAGGGUAAAUCACGUUACGAUAAUAUCCGUCAAAAGAAUAUGGCCGACCAACAGCAGCAUAAACAUGAAUUUUCUGAUGUAAAUGAGCACGAAGCGGAAAUCGUAUCACAAUAUGCCGAUGUAAAUGAUAGUGUAAUACUGAAUAAAACCGAAUUCCGUGAAAUAUUGAUGACAGCAUUAAAUAUUAAUAAUGGAACGAUGGUGAACGAUUUUGGAAAAUCGCAUCGAAUAAAUGGUGAAAUGACUGCAACGAUCGCAGAUAGUAAUCAAUCUAAUGACGUCAAAAUUCCGGAAAUUAAAGCAUCUUAUGAACAUAUCGCACCAUCCACAACAACACCAUCAACGGAUGAUAUAAUUUACCUAAAUCAAACGAUUGAAAAAUCAUCAACACAAAUUCCAUUGAAUGAUGUACAGAAAAAGGCAAAUCCCAUAUCACUUGACACACCCGAAGUUGACAAACUGUUGAACGAAGUGUGGCCUGAAGAAAAUUACAUCGUUGAAUAUUCAUUGGAAUAUGGUUUCUUGCGUUUGUCAUCGGCGACACGUGAACGUCUUAAAAUACCGAUACAAGUCGUAAAUCUGGAUCCUGAUAAAGACAAAUGCUUUGGUGAUCCAUUAAGUCGUUUUAUUCUGAAGGAAUUUCUUGGAUACGACGAUUUAUUGAUGGCAUCGGUUAAAGUGCUAGCCGAAGAGGAGAACAACAAGGGCUAUCUAAGAAAUGUCGUGACUGGUGAACACUAUCGAUUUGUAUCAAUGUGGUGGAUGGCACGCGGUUCAUACCCGGCUGCAUUUUUCAUCAUGAUUUUAUUCACAGUGUCAAUUUCGAUUCUUCUACGAUAUUCACAUCAUCAAAUUUUCGUUUUUAUCGUGGAUUUGCUGCAGAUGCUUGAGUUCAAUGUAUCGGUUCGAUUUCCAGCCGCCUCCCUGUUUACAGUCAUAUUGGCCUUAUGUGGAAUGGAAGCAAUUAUGUCGGAGUUUUUCAACGACACAACAACCGCGUUCUAUAUCAUUUUAAUUGUAUGGAUUGCCGAUCAAUACGAUGCCAUUUGCUGUAUUACACCAAUCACCAAGCGACACUGGCUAAGAUUUUUCUACCUGUAUCACUUUUCCUUUUAUGCGUAUCACUACCGAUUCAAUGGGCAAUACAGCAGUUUGGCACUGACUACAUCAUGGCUUUUUAUCCAGCAUUCAAUGAUCUAUUUCUUCCAUCACUAUGAAUUGCCUGUGAUUAUAAGCCAAGCGCAAGUGCAGCAAAUACUUCGGCUUCGUACACGUCAAAGGCAUCAACAACAAAAUGGAAAUGGUGCACACGGUGCAGCAGCAAACAAUUCAUCGAACAUAAGAAAUGGUUCGAAUGCAGCAUCAAAUCAAGCGAAUAACGAUCCAAUGGGAAACAACAAUCAAAUGAACAAUAAUGGCAACAAUCCUAAUAAUAAUAACCAUCGAAAUGGCAAUUUGCUCACAACGAUUUCAUUUAUAUUGAGCUUUCAAAUGGCAUCGGCAAUAUUCAACUAUGCAUCAAAUUUGUUCGGUAUGAUUCAAGGUCGGCUUGCAAAUGAUAUGCUUGGUACGGCCGCAUUUUUCAACAAUAAUAACGACAACAGCUUAAAUAAUAACAAUCAUAAUCCGAUGGCAAACAUCACACGAUUACGCAUUAACUUGAGCCGAUUGCGACGUAUUAAUUUGGCUGGCAUACAAAUUAAUCCAAUCCAAAUUAAUCCGGCCAUUGGCAGUGAAAAUAUUCACAUCGAUAGAGACGACACGGCCAACGGUGGUUCGGUGACCGAAACAUCAUCGUCGUCAUCGUCAUCGACGGUAGCAUCGGCAGCCACACCAACAUUAUUGCCUGAAACAUCAACCGACCGAUGCAAUGUGAAUAAUCACAUAACAACUGAUGAAUCGAUUCACCGUGAGGCUUUUGUCAAUGAAGCCGAUUGUCAGAUACAGACAAAAUUGAGCAGCGAUACGAAAAUAAAUGAAAAUUUAGAGCAUAGAUUAGAAACAUUAGCCGCCGAUGAUUUUGAUAUAAUUGAUGCAAAUGAUGAUGUCAACGUAAAGGAAAAUAAUAAAUUACCAAUUGAUAGCAAUGUUGCAUUCGAUACGAGUGAAUAUGUUGCGAAAAUGUUCGACGAACGACCGAAACAAGAUCAAGAAGAAAAUGAAAAAACUUCACAUGAUUAUAAUAAUAUUCAAAUACAAUCAAUUGCCCCUCGAUCAAAUGGUAACAUGGAAUCGUGCAAUACACCAGCAAAAUAUGGUAUGGAAUAUUUAACAGAUUCCGCCGCAACACAGUGUACAUUGGGUGAAACAAAUCCAACGAAACAAAUCAACAGUGAUGAGCUGCAUUCUCAGCUAAACAAUGGGCUCACAGCGUAUCGGGCCGAACUAUGUGGCCACCAAGAUACUUUAGACGACUUUUCAGCGAAAGGUCAUAGUUGGAUACAGGGUGAUAGAAAUGAUUUUAGUUUAACGAAUACAGAUAUUGGCAUUUGUACAGAAUUAAGAGAAUCAAACCGAUUUUCAUUACAUGCUGCACAAACAGCACCUGAACUAGGCCAAUCUUCAUCUGCAUCAACAAGUCGAACGAAUGCUAUUGAUACAUCAAAUACUGAAAUGGCAUUCAAUUCAAAUGCGGACAACGCAAAUAUUCAGACAACAAUAACGAACAAUGACGAUUCCAACUGAGAAUUUAAGAGGGAAUAUACACACAUACAUACAAAAUACACAUAUACAACAAGCGUCCACGAAAUAAAAGUUCAAAAAAAAAAAAAUAACAGUAAACUGCGAAGAUAGAAAUGAGUUUGUUCUUGGUUGGUUCCUGGUAAAAAAUAAUGAUUUUUGAACUAGAAUCAAUGUGACAGAUGUGACAGAUAAUGAUUUUUGUUUGUAUGUACGUAUGCAGCACUUCAGGUUUCAUUCAAUAGAAAUUCUACUUCUUUUUCUCGAAUCAAAACAGUUCAGUUUUUUCUGUUCGGUUCCAAUUUUCGUAUAUUGUUGUUAAGAAUAUGAAUUUGUUUUUUUUUUUACUUUCUAAUCGAUUGGUAUGUAUAUGUAAAGAAUAUAUUUAUUGAAAAUACUAUGUAAUCUGUAUAAUUUAUGAAACUUUUUUUUUUCUUUCUUUUGUAUAAACAAAAAAGAAGAAGAACAUUUGAUAUGCUAUUGCUAAAUAAUUUAAUGCAAAAAAAAAGAGAACUUUUUGUUUCGAUAAAGAAUGUAAGUAAUACUUUGUCGACAGAGAGAAGAAAGUGAUAUGGGCGCUGAUAUUUGUUUUGGCCUACUUACACUUUGAUUUUUUCGAAAUGAAUUAACAAACAAAUUCUUGGAAAGCUGAAGAAAAAUGUUUUGAUUGCCUUAACUUACACAAUUGAUUGAUAGAAUUAACAUUUGACAAAAAAAAAAUUAGAGUUUUCUCAAAACCUAUUAAAUUUAUAAGCAUUUCAGAAGCAUUCAUAUCAGGAAUUGUUCCUCUGAGGAAGAGGAAUGGCGAGGAGGAAAAUGAGAGCGAGGAGGAUUCUCCUCCCCCCCUCAAUUUCCUCCUCCACAGAGGAACAAUCCCUGAUUCAUGUAUGAUAAUAGAAUUUUGUCAAAACAGAAAUACUAUUAUAUGAUGUUGAAUUUUGUAAAAGAUUCGUCCUUUGAUAAAGAAAAAAAUGAACACACGCACCACAACUUACUCUAAACAAUUCUGUGAACUAAAUAUGUAAAUUGACAAACGGAAUAUUGGAUCAUCUUUCUCUCUUUUCAUUUUUUUAAAAAUGCAAAUUCACUUUAAACCAAUAAAGCAAAUGACGGGAAUUUUUCAUAAUUUCUCGUGAAAAAAUAAA